CUUUUCUUCAUUCUUUCCUCCAUUCUUUUCACCCAACCAUGGCGGCUAAUUUUUGGCUUUCCUCCCACUGCAACCAGUGGAUGUUAGACGUUGAUGAGAUCAUGAUCGGCCGUCAACAAGACUUACAAUUUCUCACAGAAGUAGAGUACCAAAAAGUCCAUAUAUUUUACUCAAAUUUUAUGCAAUCUUUAGGAGAACACUUGGACCUUCGCCAGCAAGUUAUCGCCACCGCUACAGUGUUUUUUAAACGAUUUUACUCAAAGAACUCACUAAAGAGUAUAGAUCCUCUUUUGAUUGCACCAACGUGUGUAUAUCUAGCAUCGAAAGUGGAAGAGUGCGGGGCCAUAUCGAAUAACAAGUUAAUAUCCGCCUGUAGUUCCGUUGUGAAGAACAAGUAUUCCUACGCAUUUCAAAUGGAGCAGUUUCCUUACCGAAUGAAUCAGGUGCUAGAAUGUGAGUUUUACCUGCUGGAAAUGCUGGAUUGCUGUCUUAUCAUCUAUCACCCAUAUCGUCCUCUGACUCAGUAUGUCAGCGACCUUGGAAUGGAGGAGGCUAUUCUUCCAACUGCGUGGCGCAUAAUCAAUGACAGCUUAAGAACAGACAUAUUCCUUAUCUAUCCACCCUACCUCAUAGCACUUGCCGCUAUUCACAUGGCCUGUGUUAUCCAACAAAAAGACUCGAAGCAGUGGUUUGCAGAGCUUUCGGUUGACAUGGACCAAAUUGUGGAGAUAACACAUCAUAUUUUACGCUUGUAUGAAAUAUGGAAAAACUUUGAAGAAAAGCAGGAAAUUAGGGGAAUUCUCAAUAAGGCUCCAAAGCCAAAAGUGCGGCCAUCAUCAACUACACCUGGACAUACUCCUUCCCCUAUUACCACUGUUGAUACCUAGCAGGGAAGGGAAUGUUUUUACUCUUUAUUUAAUUUUUUUUUUCGAAACUUCUUGCAAAUUAAAAACAGGCUUUUGCCAUCUUAAAUUUUAUCAUUUGCUCACUAAGUACAGUGAAGUCUGUUGAUCGGACUUGUGUGAAGGUGCUGUUUUGUUUUAAAUAUUUAAAAGCAUUUUGUAUUGUAAGAUGGACUACAUUUUAGUGAUUUAUGCAGAUCUGCUUUACUACUCUCAAUCGCCAAGUAUUUGGAUCAAUAGACUUUGAAAGGAGGGAAAGUUUCUUUUUUUUUUUACAAAUUUUAUUACUUCCCUAACAUUUUAAAAUUGAAUCUUUGCCAUGUGAAAAGGACAAUGGACUUCAAAAUAAUCUGAUACAUUUGUUAGACAUAUUCUUAUUGUGAAUGCCAGCCUGCUAUAAGGCAUUUACUCUAGCCACCAUCUUGUUUUGAACUCAUCAUAGGAAAGACUCCCCUCUAAUCCUCAGUUUCUCACACCUCCAAAUAAAUCAAGAUAUUAAAUAGGCUGUGCUAUCUAAAAAA